AUGGAUCAUGACGAACAAUCUAAUGUGACAAAUUUUUCAAACUUUUCAGCUCCAACCAAGCAUCACCCCAGGCCUACGAUCCCACGGAGGGCACUACGACUGGAUGCAGGGACUAGGGACGACCUCACUGUCGACGCGAUAACGCUGGGCGAGGGCUUUCGGAGGCAGCUGAGGGAGAGAAAGAUUCGAAGGUGGGGAGAUGAACUUGAUUUAAAACUUGGUUGGUUAUUUAGCAAGACCUUGGUACGGAGUUUGGGGUAUUUCGAAUUGAAUUUGAUCGUAACCUUGCGAGGCGUGGUGCUAUUAGAGGACCAGAGGAGCAGUGGAAAAGGAAGCUCGAUGGACCCGACGACAUGAACACUAGGGCUGGGAGCACGCGAAGGACAAUGAUGGAAAAGACCAUAAUAGUUGAAAAAUUAAUUUCCAUAUUUAUUGCUUUUAUUUACUGUGAUGUGUGUGAUGUAUACUUGCUAGGUUAAAAUUCCUCACCUUAAAUAACUAAGUG